AUGCAACCUCAAAUAUUAGUACUGAAAGAGGGGACAGACCAAAGUCAAGGGAAACCUCAACUUGUGUCCAAUAUCAAUGCUUGUCAACUAGUUGUGGAUGCUGUGCGCACUACCUUGGGACCUCGUGGGAUGGACAAGUUGAUUGUUGAUCAUGGUGGAAAAGCUGUCAUAUCCAAUGAUGGAGCCACUAUCAUGAAGCUUUUGGACAUCAUCCAUCCAGCUGCAAAAACGUUGGUGGAUAUUGCCAAGUCACAGGAUGCUGAGGUUGGAGAUGGUACAACAUCAGUUGUGAUCUUAGCUGGAGAGCUGCUCAAAAGGCUGAAGCCAUUUGUGGAGGAAGGCGUUCACCCGCGAAUAAUUGUGCGAGCUGUGCGCACCGCUUCGAAGCUUGCUGUGGACAAAGUUAAGGAAUUAGCAGUGCGAGUUGAAAGCAAAUCAGCUGAGGAACAACGUGACUUACUACAAAAGUGUGCAGUGACAGCCAUGUCAUCAAAACUGAUCAACCAACAAAAGGACCACUUCUCCAAGAUGGUUGUUGAUGCUGUACUGUCGUUGGAUGCGCCGUUGCUUCCCUUGGAUAUGAUUGGUAUCAAGAAAAUAGCUGGUGGAGCGCUUGAGGAUUCGUUCCUAGUCGCUGGAGUCGCUUUCAAAAAGGCGUUCUCCUACGCUGGCUUCGAGAUGCAGCCGAAGAGCUAUGAGAGCUGCAAGAUUGCCCUUCUCAACAUCGAGCUGGAGCUGAAGGCUGAGAGGGAUAAUGCUGAGGUUCGCGUAAACAAUGUGAAGGAAUACCAGAAAGUGGUUGACGCAGAGUGGCAGAUCCUAUAUGAAAAGCUCGCGGCUUUGCACGCCAGUGGAGCUAAUGUAGUAUUGAGCAAGUUGCCUAUUGGAGAUGUCGCCACACAGUACUUCGCUGACCGUGAUAUGUUUUGCGCUGGCCGCGUCCCCGAUGAAGACAUUAAACGCACGCAACGCGCGUGCGGCGGUGCUGUGCUCUCCUCCACCAGGGAUUUGAAGCCUGAUGCCUUGGGCCAUUGCGCUCACUUCACCGAGAAACAGAUUGGUGGGGAGCGCUACAACUUAUUCACUGGAUGUCCGGCAGCUAAGACCUGUACAUUGAUCCUCCGUGGCGGAGCUGAACAAUUUUUGGAAGAGACGGAGAGAUCUCUUCAUGAUGCUAUCAUGAUUGUUCGAAGGACCAUCAAGAAUGAUGCUGUUGUUGCUGGUGGAGGCGCGAUUGACAUGGAGCUGUCAAAACAUCUGCGUGAUUAUUCCAAGAACAUUGCGGGCAAGGAGCAACUUUUAAUUGGCGCUAUAGCGAGAGCCUUCGAAGCUAUACCUAGGCAAUUGUGCGACAACGCAGGCUUUGAUGCGACCAAUUUGCUGAACAAACUCAGGCAGAAGCAUCACCAAGGUGAAGUCUGGUACGGCGUGGACAUUCAGAAGGAAGAUAUUGCUGACAAUUUCCUUAGUUGUGUUUGGGAACCGGCUAUCAUCAAGAUCAACGCUAUCACCGCCGCUUUUGAGGCAGCAGCACAGAUUUUGUCUAUAGAUGAAACCAUCAAGAACGUUAAGAGCAGCGGGGACAUGCCAACAGCUGGUGCUAGGGGCAUGGGAAGACCGCGAAUGGGCUAG